CAACGACCCCAAGCGGACCCUCCGCUUCCUCGGCCUCACUCGCCGAUUGGGCAGCAGCAGGGCUGCAUACCGGAAAGAAUGAGCGACUCAGCCUCGAAUGUCGGGACCCCCUCUUCCCCCAAAGAUGGGACCUCCGACGCUGGGCAAGACAACACUUGGGGCAAGAGUGGGAACCUGAGUGAGAAGCUCGCGGCUUUGGAAGAGAGGCAGGCGGAGCUAAACAGGAGGAUCCAGGAAUGCCCGGGCCUCGAAUGGGUGAUAGGCCAGGUGGACGCUUCCCGGGAGAGUGAGAAGGGGGAGAACCCGAGCGAGAAGCUCAAGGCUUUGGAAGAGAGACGGGAGGAGCUAGACAGGAUCCUGAAAGCCCUGGGCUUCGAAUAUUUGGUAUAUCGGGUGGACGGUCACGCGGGCCCCUCUGCGGGACUUGCGGGCCCCGAAUAGCCUCGGGCGGACAAUGGGUAGAACGUCAAUUGAAUGACGAAAUAAACGCACACAGUCAGGUACUUUUAAAA